GCCGGGCGCUUCGGACACUCAAGUUGGACGAUCAACACGCUAAAUGCGCACUGUUUCUGGGCGACCUGCUCUUUACCGCAACACCCUCAUCCGCAUUAGAAAUUCUCUAUUGGGCGAAGCUGUGAACUUUUAUGCCCACGGUAUCGGCAGAUAUCACUCGUAUGGACGCUGCUAGUGGGAAAACAAACCUCUCGACCGAUGUCAAUGGUCGACCCGUCCCUCAGCACCUGAACAGUGCCGGGUGCCGUAUCGGUUAUUCGGAGGGAAAAGGGAGGGGUGUAUUUGCAUCCCGCCCAAUUGACGCGUAUACGGUGGUUGAGAUCAGCCCGGUGCUGCUGUUCUCCUCCGAAGAGUAUGAAGCACAUGGGAAGUAUACCGUGCUCGAUCAAUAUACUUUCAGGUGGCGAGAUGGGCGGAUGGCAUUGGCGUUGGGACUUGGAUCACUCUUUAACCACUCCCAAAGUCCCAAUGUUUCCUACAUAAUCGACACCAAGACAGAGUCCAUUCGGUACACGACGAUGCGGCGCAUUGAGACAGGCGAAGAACUGUGCAUAUUCUACGGUCACAAGCUCUGGUUUGACGUGAUGAAUGAUGGGGCUGGUUCUGGUGACGUUGAAGAGGAGGAGGUAGAUGAUGGGUGGGGAGGGCUGGCAGGGCUGAAUGCCAACGAAAGAAGAAGUGAGAUUGAGGACGGUAGCUGGGCGAAGAGUGAUGCGCAGAGUGUAGAUGGGAGGGAGGAGACCUUCGAGUCACUCUUAGAGAGACAAAUACGCGAAUUUCAAGGAGGAGGUCCGGACGAGGUCGUUCCUGAGGAGCAACUGCCGUUCACGCGUGUAAAACUGACGGACGAUGAGGAGGAAGAGGAGCUCAGCGCCGUUCAUACCGAGCGCGCUUGGGUGGUGGAUAUCCCUGACGCUCGGCAUAUAACCACGAUGUUAAAAUGGCUGAAAGCUUCCGGCCUUGACACACCCUCUCUCUCGCACCUAAAGCGGAUCCGCAAAGUCAAUGCCAUCUCUACCCUGAUGCUGACCUAUACAUCUCUCUCCCCUUCUUGCCCCGCGCUUCCGGCCGAUCUCCCGCUUUCUGCACCCUACAUUCUUCCGGUGCCUAGCUUCGCCGCCAUCACGUCUACCUCCCUCUCGCUUAAAAACACCUUCUGGCCGACUAUGUUCGCGCCUCGGCGUAAGCUCGCUCCGGAGCUGUGGACGCGUGGGCGGGCACGAUGGGCAUGUGAGAGGAUGCUCAAGGUCGUAAAGGAGGCAGAGGAGGCAGGAAGGCGGGACGAGCUUCCUGUAGCGGCGUAUGUACCGGCACCGUAUGACGAGGAGACGAGGGAGGCAAGUCGGAUGAGGAGGGAAUUUGUGGAGUACGAUAGGAGGAGGUCCGCAUGCCAUCCAUUAAGGCAUGCCGUGAUGAAUGUCGUACGUGCGGUGGCGGACUAUCGCGCGUCGUCGUCGUCUGACGCCCCUUCACCGAGUCCCGAUACAGAGCCGGUUCCAAGCCCAUCUAUGGACUUGCUUUCCGCAGACUCUUCAUCUACAAUGCUUCCCUCGCCUCAAUCGCGCAACGGUUCACACUAUCUGCUCACGUCGCUCACUCUCUUCGCAUCGCACGAGCCAUGUGUUAUGUGCAGCAUGGCGCUGCUGCACUCUCGCGUGCGCGAGGUGUUCUAUGCGCGGCGAAUGCCGUUGACCGGCGGAUGCGGUGGUUUAGCAUGUGUACCCGCGCUGGAGGGUGUAAACCAUCGGUUCGGCGUGAAUGUGUGGAAGGGUAUCGUAAUGGAAGAGGAACAGGUGGGGGAGGGGUUGGACGCGUAAUCCCCUCACCGCCGCUGAAGGUGAGAUCCCGACACAGAAAACGAACAGGACACAAGUUAAUUAGUAGAUUAUAGAUUAUAAUGCAUAUUUUAGUAGACAUGAAUGGCGAUGGCGGUGAGGAUGAGUUCGGUG